AUGCUGUCGUACAUGGUGCCGGUAGAAGAGAAGCCUCCACCAGUGCCUGGCAAGGGGAGGCUGGCUCUGGAGUUGGUGGGCAGUCCCGGCAGCCCCGAGUCGAGCGCGCGCCGAGCUCGUUCCACCAUAACCAACAUCUCCAAAGAAUCCUCCACUAGUUCCUUCGCCAGUGAUCUCACUCUAUCGUCGUCCACACCCACGGGCGCACACGACAAACCAAAGCACAAGCUACUUGGAAAUGGAACCAAACACACUACUUUAAAGAGGGUGUCGUUUGGCAGUUCGAAGGGGUCGAUGGUGGAGACCCUAAUUUACGAGAGUCCCCUACAAGAGGAGCCGGAGAGCAGUCCGCCACCGAAAGUACAGGAGACAUCGUUCCCCUACACACCCGUCGAAGACGAUUCGGAGCGUUCGAAGGUUCGCGUGUCAUUCUACCAAGGGGCGCGGCCGCAGUGCUUGUCCCCUCCUCCUCCGGUACCGCAACCAGAUUCCCACGUUCUUUACGCGGCCCUGCUCUCGGCUGCCGCUAACGUCGAUAUGGUGGACCACAAUAUGUACAACAGACAGAUCAGCACGGAGAGCGGGUGGGACAACCCGUUCCGUCCCGAUGGCGAUCUCAGUCGCGAGGCCGAUGAGAUUGUGUCCCUGAUCAAGGGCGGCAAGCCGAUCACCCCUACACCACCGCCUGCUGCAACCCCGCAGCUAGCCUGCGAUGAAAAGGAAGAGAAAGUGCAAGCGAAUAAUGUUAACGCUAAUGCUCCGCCAUCGCCGCAGACGAAGCUAGCGAGCCCAGAGCAGCAGAGCACUCCGAAGGCGAUGAACGGCACUAAGAACGGCGCGGCCGUGGCAGAAGUGCGCGCCGGGCAGGUGGAGGUGCAGCGCUCGCCGCCUCAGGAGCCGCAGCAGCCAGAGCACGUGACCAUCAGGAAGAAGCCCAAGUGCAAGUGCUGCGCCAUCCAAUAA